AGAUAGCGAGUGGGAGUUAUCUGAAGAAAGAAGGGAGUGAGAGAGUGAGCAAAGCAUUUACUUUCUUCGGGCUGUCUUCACAAGCUAAACUUUGGGUCAAACGUUCGCAAGAUUCAGUUUUUCGUGAUACAACGUAAUUGUGGAUGUGGUUAUAAUUUGGGUGCUUUAGUUUUGCAUUCUACCAUGCAAUUGUGGAUUACUACUAUCGAAAGACUGCUGAUACUAUGUUGCUUAUUCCACAUCUCAACUACCCAAUUCAGACCUCCCCAUCAACUCACAUUUAAUAAUUAUCAGCAGCCGCCUUGGAACCAUCAAGAAAAACCAAUAAAUAAUCCAAGAUGGGUUAGAAUAGAUUUAGCUAAACCUGAAAACAAUGCAGAAUACCAACAAUUCAGACGAUCUACAGAAUAUUCUAAUGAGGGUCUUGAUAGUGCUCGACAUUUCAAACCUGAAACAAUUUUCAAAAUUACCGAAACCCUGGGAGCAUUGAAUACGGUUGGACGAUAUUUGGUAAAUAUGACUCGAACUGGAGAAGGUGCCAAGGUUUCUCAGGAUGUACCGAACGCCUUGUAUACGAUAAGCAAGAAUGUGCUGGGACGAAAUGUUACGGAUACCAUUGCUCCUUUAGUGAGAGAAGCUUUACCAUUACCUGAAGUUCAUGAGGCCCAAAAGCUAACUGAUAAAGCUGAUAGUAAAGAGGAUGAAGACGAGGAAAAUGGGGACACGAAAAGUUGUACUACCCCGGAAGGAAUUCCAGGGUAUUGCAAUGACUUGAGUGAUUGUCCCCAACUCCUACUUAACUUGGGUAAUCUUAGACAAUCAUUGUGCUUCAAGAGUCUUUUCGUGCCAGGAGUUUGCUGCCCUAAACCUUCUUCUGAUGAUUCUGCUGAAAAUUCUGUUUCCACAUCUAGGCCAUUAUAUACUACUACUACACAGUCGCAUCCUGUAACAUUUGCCUCUAUCUACUAUAAUACUGAAAAACCGACCACAACAAGACCAAUUGUCAGCACAUCUUUAACCACAGUGUUAACUAAGCCUGUUGACCCACCAUCUUCAAAUAUUCCUAAUCUUUCACCCGUUGUUAAUAACUAUGUUGAUCAAGAGGAAUGUGGUAUUCCUGAAUCGGCAAAAUUUCGAGUUGUUGGCGGGGAAGAAGCUUUGCCUGGACGAUGGCCAUGGAUGGCAGCCAUUUUUUUGCAUGGUUCCAGAAGAACAGAGUUCUGGUGUGGUGGAUCCCUUAUAUCAGCAACUCAUAUUCUGACCGCUGCGCAUUGUACGCGAGAUUCCCGACAACGACCAUUUGCAGCCAGACAGUUUACAGUGCGACUUGGUGAUAUUGACCUUAAGAGAGAUGAUGAGCCAUCAGCACCUGUAACUUUUAAAGUAUCAGAAAUAAGGGCCCACAAAGAUUUCAGGCGUGUUGGAUUUUACAACGACAUUGCUAUUCUUAAACUUGACAGACCAGCGCGAAAAUCGAAAUAUAUUAUUCCUCUCUGUGUUCCUCCUCCGGAGUUGGAGCAGGAACAGUUUGCUGGUAAAAGGAGCACGGUGGUAGGAUGGGGUACCACAUUUUAUGGCGGAAAAGAAAGUACCGUUCAGAGGCAAGCUAUCUUGCCAGUUUGGAGAAAUGAGGAUUGCAAUCAAGCAUAUUUUCAGCCUAUUACCAGUAACUUUAUUUGUGCUGGGUACGCAGAAGGUGGAACUGACGCUUGCCAGGGCGAUUCUGGUGGACCUUUAAUGUUAAACUGGGAAUCGAAAUGGAUUCAGGUGGGGGUGGUCUCAUUCGGAAAUAAGUGUGGUGAGCCAGGAUAUCCAGGUGUUUAUACCAGAGUAACAAAAUAUUUGGAUUGGAUAAGAGAGAAUACUAGAACAUGAUUCAACUUAAUAAACAAAAUACAAGUUGUGUGUUUUAACAUGUAAACAUUUGCAAUGGCCUAACACCAAAAAUAUUUCGCAUCAUUUGCCAUCUUUUUGUUUAUUUUUAUAGUCUAAAUUUUGUUAUCAACUGCCAGUGAUCAUACAAACUUUCUAGUUAAGACGGUGAUAUAUUAUGUAAGUGAAUACUAGUAUUUAUUAAGUUAUUUAUACAUCGCAAUAUUAAACCAAAUGUGUGAUAACAAUGUAUAGUAUAGUAAAACACAUUUAUCAUCUAGGUUUCAGUUUUGUAACAAAUAAAAAAAUUGUCUGAAGAAUAAAAGUUUAAGUAAAUCA